AUGCUCGCUUUGAGCUUGGAGGAGGAAGCCUUAGCGCGGGAGGCCGAAGUGAAGGCGUCCCAACCACGAGCAGGUGUUUGCCCAGUUCAAUGGGGCUCGCAGGACGUCGCAUUUCGGUGCCUGGACUGUGAGCUGGACAGCAAUUGCAUUCAGUGCUGCGAUUGCUUCUUCAAGGCUCAGCAUGAGGGCCACGAGGUGGCAAUGAUUCGGACCGUGGGCGGAAGCUGUGACUGUGGCGAUCCCUCGUCGUGGGCACCGGCAGGCUUCUGCCCAGAGCACUGUGAGACUCCGGAAAGGCUCGACAAUGCCGAGUCGCUGGACCUAUUGCCUCCUGCGCUGCGCACACGUGCCGAGGCCUUGAUUCCAGAGCUCAUGUUGCAGGCUGAUCAAAGACUGAAGCCGCGGCAUGGGUUUCUGCGUAGUGAGGCCGCGGCAGACCAGCGUGUCCGUGAGGAGCAGGCUUCUGCGCUGUUCGCACUUCUCCGACGACUGGGUGAGGUUGCUUUCGGUCUCCGCUACUUGGUGGUUCAAGAGCUUCAAGGCGAACGUUUGGUGAACUGGAUGAAGGCGGCGGUGGAGGAGUCUUCAUGUGCCGAGGAGUUGGAGCGCUUCUUCCUGCUCUACGUGCAGGUGUCUCCGUCCUUCAAGCGGAGCUUCGCAAAGACGUUCAUCCGCCAGUACGAGCACAUUCUCGAGGAAACCCCUCGCCUGGGCUCCCUUGGAGUUCAGUUUUUCACCAUCCCUGAGGUGGCACUGGAGCUUGUCGCAAAGGAGGAUGAGCAGAUCGUGUUCAAAGAUCCGGAUCCUUUGCGCCUCGUCUAG